AUGUCACGAGAAUCGCCAAGACAAGAUGGAUCGAUACUGAAUGGUAAUGCUAAUGAAAACCUACCUGUACUAUCUCGAGUUGUGGUACGAAUAAAAUGGUCUUCACACUGUUGGUCGGUCGUGAAAGCCUUAUUUGUUGGUAAUGGUUCUUCGAUGGCCCAAAACUGCUGGAUUAAAUGGUCUAUCGAAGGCUCUGGUGUCAACAAUAAGGAGACCGGCGGUGUACGUGAGUCCGCAGAGGAUUGA